UCCAGGGAAGUGCUACGUGUCUUCCCGGCCCUUAUACUUACCCGCUUCCCACUCAGUAGCCAGCUCAGCGGGAGCCAACUCUUAGCCUUUUCCACACUGCCAGCAGCCAAGGCGGUCGUCGCUGCCGGGUCUUGCCGCGCGAGCCAGCAACAUGUCCGAGAACAAGAAGCAAAGGAUGAAUCUCCAUAAGUCUACCAAUGUGGUCUACCAAGCUCAUCACGUUAGCAGAAGUAAGAGAGGACAAAUCGUGGGCACAAGAGGUGGAUUUCGAGGCUGUACAGUAUGGCUAACAGGUCUUUCUGGUGCUGGUAAGACAACCAUUGGGUUUGCACUGGAGGAGUACCUGGUCUCCCAUGGAAUCCCUUGCUAUUCCCUUGAUGGGGAUAACAUUCGUCAUGGUCUGAACAAAAACCUAGGUUUCUCCGCUGAUGACCGGGAAGAGAACAUCCGCCGUAUUGCUGAAGUUGCUAAGCUUUUUGCUGAUGCUGGUCUGGUUUGCAUCACUAGUUUCAUUUCUCCUUUCGCGAAGGACCGCCAGAAUGCACGAAAGAUUCUUGAGAUGGCUGGACUUCCUUUUUUUGAAGUCUUUGUGGAUGCGCCUCUAAAUAUCUGUGAGAGCAGAGAUGUAAAAGGCCUUUACAAAAAAGCACGGGCUGGAGAAAUCAAAGGAUUCACUGGAAUUGAUUCGGAAUAUGAGAAACCAGAAGCACCUGAACUUGUAUUGAAAACCAGCAUAUCUACAGUCACUGAAUGUAUCCAGAGUAUUGUGGAACUCUUGCAAGAACAGAACAUUGUUCCUCCAACUGCAAUCAAAGAAGUUCUUGAACUGUUUGUCCCUGAAAAUCAGAUUGAACAAGCACGGGCUGAAGCCAAUAAGCUGCCUUUUAUAAAGAUUACCAAGCUGGAUCUACAGUGGGUUCAAGUCCUAAGUGAAGGUUGGGCCACUCCGUUGAAAGGGUUUAUGCGUGAGAAAGAAUACUUGCAAGUUAUCCAUUUUGGCACCUUGCUCAAUGGAAGGGGUAGAGUUGAUAGACCCAAGCAUGAUGGCGUUAUUAACCUGAGCAUUCCCAUAGUACUUCCGAUAACUGCAGAAGACAAGAAACGUCUGGAAGGUUGCAGUGCAUUUACCCUGGAGUACAAUGGGCGGAGGAUUGCAAUACUAAAGCAUCCUGAAUUUUUUGAGCACAGGAAGGAAGAACGCUGUGCACGUAUAUGGGGGACCACAUGUGCAAAGCAUCCACAUGUAAAAAUGGUGAUGGAAAGCGGAGAUUGGUUGGCUGGUGGAGACCUCCUCGUACUAGAGAAAAUAAAGUGGAAUGAUGGAUUGGACCAAUACCGCUUGACACCAUUGGAGCUGAGACAGAAGUUUAAAGAAAUGAAUGCUGAUGCAGUGUUUGCUUUCCAGCUCCGCAACCCUGUACACAAUGGUCACGCCCUGCUGAUGCAGGAUACCAAACGUCGCCUGCUAGAAAGGGGCUACAAGCAUCCUGUGCUGCUCCUGCAUCCUCUUGGUGGAUGGACCAAGGAUGACGAUGUGCCCCUUGAGUGGCGCAUGAAACAACAUGCUGCAGUGCUAGAGGAACAUAUUCUGGAUCCAAAGUCCACAAUUGUAGCAAUCUUCCCUUCUCCUAUGUUGUAUGCUGGACCAACAGAGGUUCAGUGGCACUGCAGGUCUCGAAUGAUUGCUGGAGCCAAUUUCUACAUUGUGGGACGAGAUCCAGCAGGUAUGCCUCACCCAGAGACCAAAAAAGAUCUGUAUGAGCCCACACAAGGCGGGAAGGUGCUGAGCAUGGCUCCGGGACUGACCUCUGUGGAAAUAAUUCCCUUCCGAGUGGCUGCAUACAACAAAGUACAAAAGGCGAUGGUUUUCUAUGAUCCAGACAGGCACAAUGAAUUUGACUUCAUUUCUGGCACACGUAUGAGGAAACUGGCUCGUGAAGGUGAAAAUCCCCCUGAUGGAUUCAUGGCUCCUAAAGCAUGGAAAGUGUUGACAGAAUACUAUACAUCCUUGGAAAAAAAUAAUUGAUCCUAUUUUUACCCAGAAUUGUUCUAAGUGCUAUUAUACGUCAUCUACUUUGAAUUGUUCUACUCUUUGUGGGCAUUUUCUUCUUGGGCUAGACAUGUUUGCCCAAUCCCCACCCCCACCCCAAAGUUACUAAGGCAUUUACUCUUAAUUUCAAAGGAGAGUCAUAGAAAAUAUUUUGCUUACAUUGAAAAGUAUACAUAGAUUUGGUUAUGAGAAUCCAAAGCCAUAUUAUAACUGAUCUCAGCCUUUGGAGAGCUGAAAACAGUCAAGCUAAAAUAAUAAAAUAAUAAUAAUUAUUAUUAAUUAAUAAUCAACUUUGUUAGCCACCCCUUAACAAAUUGUUCUCUGGGUGGCUCACAGCACAUAUCAUAAAUAAAGGUGAAAGGAAGGCUUUUCAUUCCACUUUUUCCUUCCUUCCUUCUUACCUAAAUUAAAAAGUUAGUUUCAUUUUCUUUUAGGGGGUUGAUGACAUGAUUUUUAAAAAGUAAUUAAUUAUUAAGAGCUGGUAUCCUGGAACAUUGGUAUCCCUAAUUAUCUGGGAUCUUUACUUAUUUAUUACUUAUUUUUCUAUGUAAACUGCUUUGAGAACUUUUGUUGAAAAGUGGUAUUAUAUAAGUUGUAAUCGUAGUAGCAGUAGGUAAUCUCUUCAUUUCUUCCAGUUUACUCCUGAUUAAUAUUAUGCUCUUGAAAUGAAGUGAGAGACUGAUGAAGUUACCUCAAAAUAUUUGUGGAAACCAAUGCCACAUAGCUUAGUUCACUUCCUACCUAAAACUAGGUCUUCAUUCUGGAAGCUGAUUUCAGCUUUUGCAUGAUGAAACCGUUCACAGAAAAGAGCUAAAAGCAUUAUGAAUCAGAGUAAGAAAUUAGUUUGAGAAGACACUAUGGACGGAUACCAGUUCAAGCUCCAUCCCACCUCAAAAAAGCCGUUGGUUUCUUAAGCUCUAAUUGACUUUUUUCUUGAAUUUGUAAUCCUUUUCUAGACAGUCAUGAACAUGUAAACAUCUUAACAGAUCAAAAGCUGAGAUUGUGAUGAAUCUAAAUUCUGAGCAGCUCUGCUUGGUGGCAUGUGCAGCUGACAACCCAAUAACUUAUUCCUGGAUUACUGGUGUAUGGUUAAGGGUUAACUGACUACAUUCCCUUCUGUCUUUACCUCAAAACCUGAAUGCUGUUUUAGGAAGAAAAUCUAUGGUCUCCUAAUGUUCCCAUUGUGCAGUAAUAGUGUGGUUUAGUGGCUAAGAGUUUACACUAUGAAUCAAGAAAUCCCUCAUUCAAUUCUUAUCUGAAUUAUGAACUCACUAGGUGGUCUUAAGUAUGCUGUUCAUUCCCUCCGCCACCUAGCUGCAGAUUAUCCUGAACUAAUUUAUUGGGUUAUGGUACGGAUUUCUGAGAAUAGUGACUGACAUUCAUUCACUUGCAGGAGGAUGUUGGGCUGGUACAAAACUGUUGUGUAAUCACUAGCACUUGCAUUGAAGACUAGUGCUGUGCAACUGCAAGCAUGCUUGUGGUUGCACAACAGUUGCACAACUACAGCACGCUUCAUUUAUUUUCAUAGGAGGUUUUGUGCUAGAGUUCGAGCACUACGCGCAAGAACUCUAGCAUUAUGUGCAAUAGCACUUUUGCACUAAUCCUCAUUUUUUGGCACAAUUAAGCUAAAUUCUUGCACUACCACAAAUUUUCUCUUUCUGUAAGUGCUCCAUUGCUCUGGAUUCCAGCCACUAUAUGUGAGCUGCUUUGAACACCCUGCGGUACUAUGUAAAUGCUUUCAUUUUCUUUUUAAAUCCUAUAUAGCUGCUGUUAGCCUGUGAUGGGGCCUCAUUCCCUUCUGCACUCUCCUGGAGCAGUUGUUAUCAUCAUCAUCAUCAGUAGUAGUAGUAGUAUUAGAAAUAUGUAUACACCACUUUUCAACAAAAGGUUUCUCGAAACAGUUUCUUUAGUUAAAGGAACAAGAAGAUGGUCCCCUGUCCCAAAGGGGCUCAUAAUCUAUACGGAAACACAAGGGAGGCAACAGCCACUGAAAGGAUGCUGUGCUAGGGUAAAUAGGGACAGAUGCAAUAUCCCUGCUAAAUAUAAAGGAGCCACCACUUCAAAGGGUGUCUCUUUGCCCAUUUAGCAGGUGUUGGAAGACUGGACACAAAUUGUAUUUCUGAUGGUUUGAUGGAAUCAGGAUCAUACCAAUGUCUAUGCCAGAAAUCCAGGCAUUAGCACUUAGUGUGGCUAAUCUACUGCAUUCAGUCAAUGAUCUCUUUGGUAUAGCUUGUAAACUUCUUGUUGGAAUCCUAAAGAAAAGUUUCUUGUCUUUGUGGUUGCAAAGCAGAGGUUGGAUAUGCAGUGGCAAACAUGUUCCAUGCAAAGCAGUCUGACAACUCCCGCAUAAUCUAGUUGCUUAAAAACCCAUUGCAGCCUGUACCUUAGAUUCUUCCAGAAUGAGUCUUAGGCAUUAUAGUGUAAAAAUGCAAAUACCCAUGAAAACUCUGGCUUUUUUUGUGCCAGCACAUCAGCUGACUGUGGGGUUGUAUAUUAAUUUUAUUGAGUGAUUUUUAAUCAGAGAACACAUGAAGAUACUGAGGACUGUUUUGAAAUUAUGGUCCGUUCCCCUUAAUCUUUCUACUGUAGUUACAAUCAACAAAGGCACUUCAACUUAUUUGGUUGAAAGUUAGUCGUGACUAGCCACCAUAAAAUCAAUGAGACAAAUUAGUCAGUACUGACUCAGAUCCUAUUGCUUUCAGUGGAACUCAGUCCUUGAGUCUCUUUGUGUGCUUGUGUAAAUGUUACAAAUACAAAGAGAGAUGUAUAACCUAAGCAAUGUAGAUUGUACCCUUCAGUUACAGAUUAUGGAAUUGCAGGUGGUGGUGGUUUUCACAUCAAGUGAAAACACCCUUAAUUUAGCUGGUAAGCGGUUCUGGAUGUUCCCCUUUAAUUUGAAUUCCUGUAUUGUGAUUGAAGAGGGGGACCCUUCCACAGGUUAUCAGUCUAAUUUUCAACCCAGCCGAAGUACUUGGAUUUAAGACAAUAUCACUCUGUUGAAGUCAGUGGUACUGAAUCAGUUUCAUGCCCAGUAUUUUUGUUUAAUAGAGUUAUAUUUGUGGGGCAAUGCCAGAGCACAGCAAUAUAUAGAAGUGUAUAUACAGGUGAAACUCGGAAAAUUAGAAUAUCGUGCAAAAGUCCAUUAAUUUCAGUAAUGCAAAUUAAAAGGUGAAACUGAUAUGAGACAGACGCAUUACAUGCAAAGCGAGAUAAGUCAAGCCUUAAUUUGUUAUAAUUGUGAUGAUCAUGGCGUACAGCUCAUGAAAACCCCAAAUCCACAAUCCCAGAAAAUUAGAAUAUUACAUGGAACCAAUAAAACAAGGAUUGUAGAAUAGAACAAUAUCGGACCUCUGAAAAGUAUACAGUGUACUGUGCUUGAUUGGCCAGCAAACUCGCCUGACCUGACCCCAUAGAGAAUCUAUGGGGCAUUGCCAAGAGAAGGAUGAGAGACAUGAGACCAAACAAUGAAGAAGAGCUGAAGGCCGCUAAUGAAGCAUCCUGGUCUUCCAUAACACCUCAUCAGUGCCACAGGCUGAUAGCAUCCAUGCCACGCCGCAUUGAGGCAGUAAUUGCUGCAAAAGGGGCCCAAACCAAGUACUGAAUACAUAUGCAUGCUUAUACUUUUCAGAGGUCCGAUAUUGUUCUAUUCUACAAUCCUUGUCU